UGGUCAGCGCAGAGGGUUGGAAAGUGAGCGCAGCGACGCGCUCGCUUGUCAGUUUCGAGACGAGGAGCAACGGGCCAGCGAUGAAGCGAUAAGUACACUGACUAAAUUACAAGCAAAUCUGUCAACAGCUUCAUCAAAGAGGAACGUUUGAACUGGCGGACUUGGUUGUUUGGUUUAUCCUAAAAGGCGCGGCCGGUUUAACAAGGACGGAUAACUCAGGUCACGAAGCCACGGUUCCCUCGUCCAAGCGGGGAAACGACGGAUUUCACUGGGAAAAACCGUCGACGAUGAGCUAGCGACACGACGAUGAGGAGGAUGAAGCAGCGCGUGCUGCUCGCCUGGCCAUGGUUGUGGCUGUGGCUGUUCGCGGCCACAGCGGGUUCCCCGUCUUCCGACACUUUCGCGUCGACCACGUUCUCAUCGUCAGCCAGCAGCAGCAGCAGCAGCAGCAGCAGUAGCAGUAGCAGUACCAACAGCAAUAGCAACAGCCUCGUCAGUAGCUCGAUCACCAGGUCGUUUUCACCGACGCUGCCGACGUCUACGUCCGCCUCCUUCACCCAAGAUUUUCCGUUCCCUCCCGGCCACGAGUUCCGCUUCACUCUGCCGUUGUACAAUGUCUCGAUCCCGGAGAACUCGAUCGGCAAGACGUACGUGGUGCCCGAGGUGAGAAUGGGCAUAAAGCUCGCGUCGCCGGACUCGAAUCUCGACAUUCGUUUCCGCAUAAUGAGCGGCGACCGCGACAAGUUCUUCAAGGCGGAGGAGCGAACGGUCGGUGACUUUUGCUUCCUAUUGAUACGGACUCGAACCGGUAACGUGGACGUGUUGAACCGCGAGCGAAAGGACCGUUACGUGUUGGAGGUGCGCGCCACGUUGAACAGAGGCGACGGCAAGAACCGCGUGGCCAUCAUGGAGGCAGACACCACGGUCGUGGUGACCAUCCUGGACACCAACGACCUCAACCCGCUGUUCUAUCCGACCGAGUACGAGGCGACCAUCACCGAGGACACGCCUCUGCACCGUAGCAUACUCAGGGUAAUAGCCGAGGACGCCGAUCUCGGCAGGAACGGCGAGAUUUAUUACAGCUUCGCCGAGGAGACCGAUCAGUUCGCCGUUCACCCGGUCAGUGGGGUAAUAACGCUCACCAGGCCGCUCAGAUACUCGGAACGAGCGGUCCACGAGUUGGUGGUACUGGCAAAGGACCGUGGGGCCCUGUUUCGCAGCGGAGGAGGCAGCAGCCGAGCCAGCACGGCCAAAGUGACCAUCAGAGUUCGCCAGGUGAACCUGCACUCGCCGGAAAUCUACGUUCACCAUCUGCCGGACAUCGUGGAACACUCGAACGCGGACAUAUACGCGAUCGUUCGUGUGAUCGACAACGACGAAGGCGUUCACGGUCAGAUCGCGAGUCUGGAUAUCGUGGGUGGCGACCCGGCUGGCCAUUUUAGAGUGCGGCCAGCCGGUGGGCCGCACUCGGGCGAGUACAAUAUCGAGGUGUUGCACUUGCUGGACCGAGAGACCGCGGUUCAGGGUUACAAUCUGACGUUGCGCGCGAUGGACCGGGGCGUGCCGCAGCGUUACAGCUACAAAUUUGUGCCAGUCCACCUGGCGGACCUAAACGAUAACGCGCCGGUGUUCAGCCGCGAGAUCUACGAGGUGAAGGUGCCAGAGACAGCGCCGAUCAAUACGCCGGUGAUCCGGCUGAAAGUGACGGAUGCGGACGAAGGGAGGAACGCGUUGGUAUUCCUGGAGAUCGUGGGUGGCAACGAGGGCGGCGAGUUUUACGUGAACGCGGAGACGGGGAUGCUGUACACUGCGGUGAACCUGGACGCGGAGAAGAAGGCGUUCUACACGCUGACGGUGUCAGCGGUGGAUCAGGGGAACGCCGGAACGAGGAAGCAGUCAUCGGCGAAGGUGAAGAUCAACGUGGUCGACACGAACGACAACGACCCGACGUUCGAGCAGUCGGAGAUGGAGGUGUGGAUUGACGAGAACGAGCCGGCCGGCACGUCGGUCGUGAAGAUCACCGCGAAGGACCGCGACUCCGGCGAGAACGCCUACAUCUCGUACAGCAUCGACAAUAUCCAGAAGGUGCCGUUCGAGAUCGACCAUUUCUCCGGUAUCGUGAAGACGAAGCAGGUGCUCGACUACGAGACCAUGAAGAGGGAGUACUUGUUGCACGUGCGUGUGAGCGACUGGGGCCUGCCAUACCGGCGACAGGCGGAGAUGCAGCUGCACGUGAGGCUGCGCGAUGUGAACGACAACAGGCCGCAGUUCGAGCGGAUCGAUUGCACCGGCCACGUGUCCCGUUAUGUGCAAAUCGGCUCCGAGAUCAUCACCGUCUCCGCCAUCGAUUUCGACGCCGGCAACAUUAUCAGUUAUCGCAUCGUCUCCGGCAACGAGGACGGUUGCUUCGCCCUGGACUCGGCUAGUGGUGUGCUCUCCGUCGCGUGCGACCUCGCCGACGUGAAGGUGACCGAGCGCGUGAUCAAUGUCACGGCCACCGAUGGCUCGCACUUCGCCGACGUGAAUCCUGUGCACAUGCACCUGGUGAACGCAAAGCGAAACCGUGGCUUGCAAGCGCCAAUCGUGUCGGAUAAGGGCAGCGCGUUCGAGUGUCGGGACACCGGUGUCGCUCGUAGGCUAACCGAAGCGAUCGCUGCCGCCGAGAGGAACAACAUGCCCUCCAAGGACGACGAGUACGCGCUAACGCCGAGCAGGUACGGUGAGAACAUCCACGCGCCGGAAUUCGUCGACUUUCCCAGCGAGAUCAAAGUCAACGAGUCUGCGAAGAUUGGAACGACCCUGGUUAGGAUACGCGCCAGAGACAGAGAUCUGGACUAUAACGGCAAGCUGGUAUUUUGCAUAUCGAGCGGCGAUCGCGAUUCGGUGUUCGGCAUCGACCCGGACACCGGUGACUUGAACGUCAUAGGCUAUCUGGACAGGGAGCGCGAGAACGAGUACUUUCUCAACGUGAGCGUGUACGACUUGGGCAAGCCGCAGAAGUCCGCGUCGAAGAUGCUGCCGGUGACGAUACUCGACGUGAACGACAACGCGCCGCGAUUCGAGAAGUCCCUGGCGAGCUUUCGGAUCUCGGAGACAGCGCUGAAUGGGACGAACGUGUGGCGAGCGAACGCGACCGACGCGGACCUCGGUGAGAACGCGCGCGUCACUUACUCCCUGGUGACCGAGACGAACGAUUUCCGGGUGGACCCGGUGACGGGCGUGCUGACCGUUUUCGGCAGAUUGGACAGGGAACGGCAGGAGAUCUACGAGCUGAGAAUACGAGCGCAGGAUCACGGUGGCAAGGGGACUGACUCGCCGCCGUUAUACUCGGACGCUUUGGUCCGGGUGACGGUGGACGACGUGAACGACAACGCGCCGAGCUUCGCCCUGUCCACGUACACGGUGAAGAUUCGUGAGGACGUGCCGAUAUGGACGGUGGUGGCGGUGGUGGACGCGACCGAUCCGGACGAGGCGUCCGGCGGCGACAUCGAGUACUUCAUGUCCGAUGCGAUGGAGAGCGAGGGUUACUUCAAGGUGGACAAAGUGUCCGGCACGAUCAGAACCACCCAGAGCUUGGACUUUGAGGAGCGGCAGGUGCACACGUUGACGAUCGUCGCCAGGGACAGGGGCGAGCCGUCCUUGUCCUCCGAGACGAUGGUCAUCAUAGAGGUGGUCGACGUGAACGAGAAUCUGCACGCGCCGUUGUUCGACGAUUUCGUCGUGUCCGCGAGUGUGUUUGAGAAUCAACCCGUUGGCACUCUAGUGACCACUGUGCGCGCCAGAGACGCGGAUCCGCUAGGGGGCGAUUCCAGAAUUGGAUACACGAUCAGAGGUGGCGACGGUAUUGGGAUCUUCUCCAUCGACAACGAAGGUAAGCAGAUCAUUUCUCAAUCGCUGGAUCAAACCCAACGUGCAAGCAUCGUGAGUAUUUGAAUACAAAUAAGAGCACUGGAG